AUGUCGCUCGCCCCAGGCAGCCCUCCCCGCACCCCCCGCACACCCCCCUACAGCGCGCACUCCACGCUCGCCCCCGGCUCCGCCCCACAGACCCCCACGCGGGGCGGGGACCCGCACACCGCCUCGCCCCGCCCGCCCGCGUCGCCCAUGCGCCGGCCGCUCUCCCAGGUCUCCCUCCGCUCGCCCACGCCCGGCGCACCGCCCUCCACGUCCGCGUCGGGCGCGAGCUCGCUCGUCGCGUCGCGGCGCGGGUCGGGCCACGGGCUCCCGCCGUCCGCGUCGACGUCCGCGCUCGGGCUCGGGCUCGACACCGGGGCCCCGGGCGGGGGCGGGGGCGGGGGCGCGCGGGCAGGGACGCCGGGGACGCCGCAGAAGGCGAGGGCGAGGGAUCUGCUGCGGAAGCACUACGGGUUGGGUAUGGGGCCGCCGCCGCCGUUGGGGGCGGGGAAGAGCAGCCAGGACCCGAUGGACUUUGACUCGGUCGUGUUCGACGCGAAGGCGUACUACGAGCAGUUGAUCACGACGUCGUCGCUGCCCACACUGAUAAAGAAGGAGAACGACCUCUUAACAGAGAUCAGGCAGCUCGAUAGCGAGAGGCAGAGUUUGGUGUACAACCAUCACCAUGAGCUCAUUGCUGCGAGCGAUACCAUUGCUGCUAUGAAAUCCAGAGCUGAGAAUCUGGAUGCGGACCUUGAUCUGCUGCGAGCUGCAUUUUCCGAGAUUUCUCGUCUGUCUGCGGAGAUUGCUAUCGAGCACCAGUCCCCCACCGAGCGGCGACCACCACAACCCCAUUCGACAUCUGACUUAUGA